AUGCUUCAUUGUCUUUAUUUUGUCGUCAUCGUCAAAUCAAUAAAUACAUGUAGAACAACUUGUUUUUCUAUCGAUCGAGACAUCGACAGUAAUGAAAAUAACAAUAACCACAUAUGUCGCUAGGUAUUGAUUUUGUCUAGACCAUUGUCAAAGUAUAAGUAUCUAAAUAUCUGGACUAGGGGAUAGAAAUUGACGACUGAGAAGCCAGUUACUGAAGAGUUCGCAGGAUGGGCGCUGUGCUAGGCCUUUGUUCUGCUGCCCAGCUGGCAUGCUGCUGUGGUAGUGCAGCCUGUUCACUGUGCUGCUCAGCAUGUCCUUCAUGUGCCAACUCCACCUCUACUCGUCUCAUGUACACGAUUAUGCUACUUCUUGUUAUGGUGGUAGCUUGUAUCACAUUAGCUCCUGGAUUACAUGAUGAAAUGAAAAAGGUUCCAUUUUGUAAAAAUUCAACACAUUAUGUACCCGGUGACUUUAAAGUGGACUGUGAUCAGGCUGUUGGAUACUUGGCAGUGUAUAGAAUAUGUUUUGCAACAUGUCUCUUCUUUGUUUUGAUGGCUCUUAUAACAAUUGGAGUAAAGUCCUCUAAAGAUCCUCGCGCUGGCAUACAAAAUGGCUUCUGGGGCAUCAAGUAUCUGAUUGUAAUUGGAGGCAUCAUUGGGGCUUUCUUCAUCCCUGAAGGACAAUUUGCUUCAACCUGGAUGGUGUUUGGCAUGAUCGGCGGUUUCGGCUUUAUUAUUAUACAACUUAUUCUAAUUAUUGAUUUUGCACAUUCUUGGGCCGAAAGAUGGGUUUCCAAUUAUGAAGAAUCGGAGUCUCGUGGCUGGUAUGCGGCACUCCUAUUUUCCAUGCUUACUGCCUACACCCUCGCACUUGUUGGAGCAGUCCUACUAUUCAUGUAUUACACUGAGCCAGCUGGAUGUGGUCUGUCCAAGUUCUUCAUUUCAAUAAAUCUGAUCCUCGUGGUGAUUGCGAGCGGUAUCUCAGUCCUGCCGGCGGUGCAAGAGCACCAGCCUCGCUCAGGACUGCUGCAGUCAGCCGUGGUGUCCAUGUACGUCAUGUACCUCACCUGGUCUGCACUCUCCAACGCCUCCAAGGAAUGUAACACCAUCUCAUCUAACGAGUCAUCCUUCGACAAUCAGUCUAUCAUCGGGCUGGUCAUUUGGGCGUGCAGUGUGCUGUACUCGUCAAUCAGAACUGCGUCGUCUUCGUCUAAAAUCACCAUGUCUGAGCAUAUCCUAGCCAAGGAAGGCGCUGGAGGGCAAGGAGGGCUCAUUGCUAACGAAGAGGGCGCUGACGGCGGCGAAGCGGGCCGUGCUGAAGAGACUAAGGUGUUUGACAACGAGGGCGACGGCGUGGCCUACUCCUGGACAUUCUUCCACGUCGUGUUCGCACUGGCCACCUUGUACAUCAUGAUGACACUCACAAAUUGGUACAACCCGAGUUCACAGCUUUCGAAGGAGAAUGUCGCCUCGAUGUGGAUCAAGAUCACAUCUUCCUGGCUGUGCGUAGGUCUCUACAUCUGGACUCUGGUCGCACCAGCCAUAUUCCCUGACAGAGAAUUCAACUAAAUGAUUUCUCCUUGUUGCAUGAAUGGAUGUUUUAUGUUAUACUGUACUGAGCUGAAUGCAAGCCAAUGCUUUGCUUUAUUCAGUCACGAAAUGGUAAGCUUGACUGGCUCAAGUGGAGUAUAAAACAGCAAAUCAUUUUAAUCUGUAUCUGUAAAAUUAGUAACAUGUAUUUAAAAUUUCUGUCAAUUGUCUUAAGAUUCUUGUAGAACAUUUAUUGUUGUAAUAAGUCAUAUAUAAAUCCUUAAAUAUAAGAUCUCAUAAGAUUAUUUUCUAUAUUUUGCAUUCUCAUAAUCAAUCUCAAAACUGUUGAUGUUUGUUAUUACCAUAGUUUAAAAAAAUAUUUGAAAUUGAUUUAUCCUUCCACAAAAUAAUUGCAUUUUUUAGCAUUCAAACACAAUCAUGUUAAACUGUUUUAAAUGUCUGUAUCUACAACUAACAAAAUAAUUUAUCAAUAAACUCAGUCUACC